AAUAUUAACGGCAGGAAAUAAAGCUGUUGUUUAGGGAUGACACAGCUUUGUGUGAGGACCUUUAUCAGUUUACCACUCUGACUCUGCACUGCACUCUCACAGUGACCUGAGGAGCUGCUUCACUCUUCACUGACCCACGCUUUAGACGAGAGGAGAAGCUCACACACUGUGCAGAGAUGAUGGUGAAGGUGGUGCUGCAGGGGGCGGCUGUACUGGCCUGGUUAUUGAGCCCAGCAGCUCUGGGUGUGGUCAGUGGGCGGAAUGUCCGAGCUGCUGCUGAUGACGACGUUGAGGUUUUGACUGAAGCUCUGAUGGACGUCUUCAAGCAGUUAAAGUCCGUUAAAACACAGCUGGAAAACCUCAAAACGGAAAACAAAGCUUUGAAGACGGAGCUGGGAGUUUACGUCUCCAAACAACAGUCAGUCCUUCAACAGGUGCAGGGGAUCCAACAGCACAGCAGUGAUUUGGACUCCAAGAUUGCAUCAGCUGCCUCCAAACAGGACCUGCACUCAGUUGAACAGCAGGUGGAUGGGCUGAAAACAAAGGGAGAUGAGCCAAAAGUGUCAUUUUCAGCCACACUUUCGAACCUAGAAAGUGGUCAAAAAUUCAUUGGAUGGAAUGAUGUGUUCAACCUGCCUUACAUAAACGCUUUCACCAACAUCGGCAAUGCAUAUUGCCCAAGUUCAGGUAUCUUCACUGCCCCUGUGAAAGGAGUCUAUUUCUUCAGCUUUACCGUCUUCAACACGUAUGACAACUCAAGUUCAGCCUCACAGGUUGGAACUGGAGUUGCUCUGCUGAAAAACGGUGUUCAUGUCCUCUCAGUGACCGAUAACCCUCCGGGGACGGACACGGAGGACACUGGGGCGGGGUCAGCCUGUCUCCUCUUGAAUAAAGGAGAUGAAGUGUACCUGAGGCUCUGGGAAAAUUGCAGGGUUUAUACAGAUGGAAACAAACGAAACACUUUCAGUGGCCACCUCGUCUUCGCAAUGUAGACUUUGCAGUGCUUUUGAAAGAGAUCACAUCCUGUCUAUCAAUUUAUUUCAGUAUUAUUUCAUUAUUGAUUUUAAGUGAUUUGCUGUGACUAGCUAUCCACUACAUGGCCAAAAGUAUGCAGACACUGACCAUCACACUUGUAAGAGCUUGUUGGACAUCCAGCUCGAAAGCUAUAAGCAUUAAUAUGGAGUCGGCCCCCUUUACAACCAUAACAGCUUCAUCAGUAAUAUUCACAAUACUAUUACACAGUAAUAGCACUCACAAUUGGCUGGGGCAGAUCUAGCAGGGAAGAACUUUGCACUGACAGUGCCAUGUUUAAAGUAACUGAGCUCUUUUAUUAUGACCCAGUCUACUGCCAGGGGUUGUCUAUGGAGACUGCAAGGCUAUGUUCUUGAU